CGUUCCCUCCGUGCUUUUAUUUUGAAGGGAGAGGUUCGGUGUCACACUGAAAGCCUCCCGUGUGUGCUCGGCUCCAGUUCUGUUGAUGACCCGCGGAAGCUGCUCUGCGCUGAAGAGGGAUGUUGAGACGUCCCAAGCCAAGUGACUCAGAGGAAGACCUCCUCAGAGAGCAGCAGAAGUUUCUGACCUCUGGUGCCCCCUCCGCUGCCAAUGUGAUCCGCCGGCCGGACAAGAGGAGAGGCGAGGCAGGCGAGGGAGGAGGAGAAGAAAAUGGGAAGGAUGAAGGACGUCAGAGGGACAUGGUCACUAUAGAAGAUCUUCCAGACCAGCUCCCUUCUCUGACGCCAGCCCCCCCAAAGAAGUCUCGCUUUAAAGCCAGUUGUGUCACCUUCGAGAACGAGGAUCCUGAGGCGAGGCUGGACAGACAUGACACUCACAUCAGUGCUGUUCUCUCCAGGAUCAUUGAGAGAGAUACGAGCUCUACUCCAAUCUCUCUGCCGGCAUUCACAGGCUUGGCAUUCCCCAAAGUAGUGCACCGCUCAGAAAACGGCAGUCAGGUGCCUCUGUCCUCAGUUGGAGGAAAGAAAAGCAUCUUUGCUCGUCAGAUUGCAGCUCAGAGACUCAAGGAAGGAAAGACACCGUUACACUGUGCAGCUGAACCCACUGAGCAGAACCUCCCUCCUGAGACUAGCAUGGACACAGAUCAGUGUGACGAUGCAGAGCCACCUUUAGUCUCUGCUCCUAGACUGGUGUCUGGUCAGGGGCUCAGGGGGCCAGAUAGUUCAGGAGAGACGCAGAGGAUCCACAGGGAGAACCAGGCCAGACUCCAGACAAUGUCUCAGUUGGAGAUACAGGAGGAGCAGAAGAAACUCUUGACUCAUCUUGAUCCGAGACUGGUGGAGUUUGUUAGAUCUCGCAAAGCCCAGAGUGUACCGUUCUCUGCCUCCCCAUCCAAACAGCCCGGGGGCAAAAGCAGCAAGGAGAAUUGUCCUCUUGAAAACGUGAGCAGAGAGUCAUGCUCCUCCGCUGCCGCUGUGUUGUCUCAGAAAGCCCAAGAGGUGGAGAUGGAGGGAAACGAGGAGGAGGAGGAAGAGCCACCACCACCUGCUAUGACGGAGGAGGAUCUGCUGGUGAAGCCUCAGAAAGAAUGGGUCCACAUGGAUAAGCUGGAGCCAGAGAAGCUGGAGUGGAUGAGAGACUUGCCUGCACCUAGAAGGAAAGGAACCAGAAAGGAGAUGCAGGCUCGCUUUGACUUUGCUGGGAGCUUGAUUCCACCCACUGAGGAUCUUCCCACCCACCUGGGUCUGCACCAUCAUGGAGAGGAACCAGAGAGGGCAGGUUACUCUCUGCAGGAACUCUUCCUGCUGUCUCGGAGUCAGGUCAUCCAGCAGAGGAGUCUGGCCCUCGGCACUCUGGCCAACAUCCUCUCAAAGGCAUGUGCUGGAAAAUACCAGUCAGUUCUGAAAGGCAGCGUGACGUCCACUGUGCUCGACGCCGGCCUGCUCUUCCUGCUCCGCUUUGCACUGGACGACAGCGUGGAGGGAGUGAUGUCUGCAGCGGUGCACGCACUCAAAACUCUUCUUGUGUGUGCAGAAGAUGAAGAGUGUUUGGACUCCACCUUCUCCUGGUUUCGCGGCCUGGCCUCGUUCCCUCUGCUGCCGUCUGCUCAGGAGGAACAAGAUGAGGAGGAUGAAGUGCUGGACGAGAUUAUGAAGACGACAGCCAAGGAGAAGGAGGAGAGGAAGACUGAUCAUGAUGUGGCCAGGCAGGAUGUUAUCAAGGGUCUGCUCAAAAUGAAACUGCUCCCCAGGCUACGUUACAUCCUUGAGGUUUUCCGACCAUCUCCUCGAGUGGUCCAGGACGUCCUGAGCAUCCUGACUCGUAUCGCGAGGCACUCGUCCUCUUCUGCCACACAGGUGUUGGACUGUCCUCGCCUGAUGGAGACAGUGAUGUCUGAGUUUCUUCCCACCUCUUGGACAGCCCCGUCUUCACCCCUGCCUCUGUCUGUUUAUGGACUCCCACAGGCCAGCGCCAUGAAGCUGUUAAGAGUUUUGGCGACUUCUGGCAGACAUGCCUGUGCCAGACUGUUAAACUCUCUGGGCGUGAGGGAGCGUGUGUCUUGUCUGCUCAGUGCUGAGGUCAGUGAGUUGCUGCUGGAGCCCAGCGAGGCCCUCAGGAUCACCACUGAGGCCUACAGGCUGUGGGCUGUAGCAGCCGCCUACGGACAGGCCUGUAACUUAUACAUAGACCUGUACUCGGCCUUAGUGAAGGUGCUGCAGUCCGUUCACCGAGCGCUGAACCCCUCGGAUCAUCUGCUGCCUCUGCAGCUCCAGCGAGUUUUGGCUCUGCUCUCUUUGCUCACACAGGUCACACACACUGCAGGGUGCCAUCAGGAGCUACAGGCCGGCAUGGUCAGCUCUCAGGGAGAAGAGGGUCCCCCUCCUCCUCCAGUGUCCUGGGGUCAUGUCGCAGGACUGCAAACCUCCAUGUUGGGCCAUUUAAAGGGAUUUGUUAAGAGCCUUGAUAAUCCAGUUCAGAAAGACAGCAGCCUAACUCUGAUACCAGCUUACCUCGUCUACCUAGAAGCUUAUUAUCAUCAGCUCUCCAGACAGAAAUGUUUCAAACCAGUGGAGACUCUUCAAGAACUGGAGCAGCUCACAUCUGAGGUUCUCUUCCCGUUGUUUUCUCACCAUGUUGUGCGCGACCUGAUGAGGAACCUCAGGUCUUCCUCAGUGGUGUGCAAGGCCCAGUCUAGUCAUCAGGGCCCAGAGCCCACUCCGAGCCUCCCAGGUUUGGCUUGCCCAGGCUGGAGGGAUCGUCCAGGCCUGGUUGGCCCCAGCUCCCCCUUCCCUCUUCUCACAAGUCUGAGUCUCCUCCUGCAGACACUCACAGGCAUCCACAAAGGUCUAAGCUGUAAGUUCAGUGGCCUCCUCCUGUCAGAACCUGUGAUUGUCUACCUUCGUAGUUGCAGUCAGGCGACACCCACCCUGUCUCACACCAGAGCCUGGCUUCUGCGACAUGAGCAUCACCUCCUCUACCUCCUGCUCAGGCUGGCACACAGACUGGUUCCCAUUGAUGCAGAAGUAGCAAAACAUGCAUCACUCUACCACCAGGUGGCGCUGGUUCUCCUGCCAUGGUUGCUACCAGGCAGUGAGUACUUGGCACAUGAACUGCUCUCCACCGUCAUCUUCAGCAAGGACUUUAUAUCUGAGGGCCACAGCGGAGGGCCGGAGGCUGUAGAGCUGGGGGAGCUGAAGCUCCACGAGGAGACACAUCACCUCACAUCUCCCUCCCUCCAGACCGUUGGUGCUCUCCUGAGAGAAGCCUGUGUCCAGCUGCCAUCCAUCCGGGGCUGCUUCCUCACUCACCUGGCCCAUCUGGAGUCCACCGUACUGGUGUCACGAGACGCAUUCCUGGGCCGCAACCCUUGGAUCAACUCCCAUCUCCUCCCAGAGCUCACAGGUCCAACCCUGCCGUCUGACUGGCCAUUCCUCCCGCUUCUCAGCCUGUACGAAAGGGCGGGUGCGCCUGAUGGUGGAGCGUUAGCGGUGGAGGAGCUGCCUCACGGGUCUCUGCAGAUGGUCACCCACUGUCUGCAGUGGCUGCUGCUGCUCGAGGUCUGGAGAGAGGAAGCUCUAAAGGUGAUCCCUCCGGUCGCCAAGCUCGCCCGCCUCUCCUGUGUGUUCCUGUGUUCCAGUGACUUGUUCCUGGAGAGACCUGUUCAGAAACUGACCUGGGGUCUGUUCAGACUGCUGACAAGGCGCUCCAGGCUGGACUCUUUGGACCUGAACGUCCCUCCUCCAGGUUUAGCCUCCUUCCUGGACUUGUAUUCAGCUCUUUUGGCUCAGUUCGAAGCUGUGUCCUUUGGAGACCGACUCUUUGGCUGCUGGGUCCUCUUACCCCUGCAGAGGAGGUACAACGCCACCAUGAGGCUGGCUGUGUUUGGGGAACAUAUGGGGAUGUUGAGGUCACUGGGAGUCACUCUGGAGCAGCUGUCCAUCCCUAUCGAGCGCUUCACCUCUCCCCCCGAAGACUCCCUCCCUCUCCUCCGUCUCUACUUCCGCUGUCUACUAACCGGGACCCUGAAGCUCCGCUGGUGUCCGAUCUUGUACGUGGUGGCUUUGUCUCACGUCAACUCCUUCAUCUUUUCUCAGGACGCUGCAGCACAGGAGGUCGAAGCAGCUCGACACAGUAUGCUGAGGAAAAUCUACUACCUGACUGACAAGGUGUUGAGGAACCACUUGCUGCUCUUCCGUCUCCCCCAGCAGAACUCGGAGUUCGGGUUCGACAUGUACGAGCAGUUGCCUCCCAUCAGGGCGAAGCGGUUGGGGGGUGUGCUGGGUCUGCAGGACGUCAGCGAUGUCAAAGGAGACUGAGUGAAGCAGACAGUGGGAAAAACUAAGGGUAGUGAGUCAGAAACAGACGAUACAGAGAAGUGACAGUGUAGGACUGGAAGGAGAGAUGAGGGAGAGCAGAGAAUUCUGGGAAAGAGAAGUUGGCAAUGGAGAGAUAGUGAGGCCAUAAUUUAAAACAAUAAAAGUGUCUCAUCAAGAUGGUUUGGAACAAGAAGCAACGUGGUCACGAGAAAAUGUUCUGUGGGCUUUUUUGCCACAGGAAAGCAGACAUGAGGUUGACUCAGACAGAACUGAGUGAAGAAGCAGUUAGGGCUAAAUUAGAGACCAUCUUAGAAUUUGAUUACAUCUUCUGCAACAUGAUGACAGUCUGACCAAUGAGGGUUCAGUCGUCAUUACUGACGUGUGACAUCAUCAAAAGAUGGUCUGUAGUUUUACCUUCAGUGAUCUGCCAGUGGUCCCGCCCCUGUUUCUAAACCCCACACUUUCCGCUCCUUUGCUCAGAUGACACCCGUCAUCGGACUCGCCCUUUAUUUUGAUCUGAACUACAAAUCUGUACCGUUUCUGGACUGUAUCUUGCACAGCUGAGAUGCUUUUUGCUGUGAAAAACAGAUAAACAAAGCCAUUCCUGCUGUGACGGCUGGUAAUAUUACAGGACUAUCCCUGGAAAUUAUCUAAACGUUUGUGUUCUAAAUUUAACCUCUCUGAACCACAAUACAGCUUAAAGCAAAAUUCAAACUAAGCUAAUAAUGAAGUGCAGACACAGCGAGGUUUCCUCUGAAGCAAAUAGGAGGAAUUAAAUCAUGAAAAAAUUAAUUUGUGACACCAGCACUUUGUCAGACUUACUGUGUGUCAGCCACAUUUUGUAAAAACAACACAGUACGAUUCUUGGCAUCUCAGAGUAAAGAUUAAUAUCCUACUUAACAAGUGCCUGCAAUUGUCUUAUUUUGUGAAUAAAACCAGAUGUCGAAUGUG